AUAUUUGUAAUAACAUUGUUAAAACUAUUUAUUACAGUUGCACAGUUGUACUUGUUUCUCAAAUGCAAAUAUAAGAUUAAAAUUAGUUUAAAUACUUAGAAGUUAAAUAUUUUAUAAUGGCAGAAGUUAUUUUAAGUUCUGGUGAAAAAACUUUUAUUCUUCAUGGAAUAGAUGCAGACUUUAGAAAUGAUGGUAGGCGACAAUGUGAAUAUCGAUCAAUGGAAAUUGAAACUAAAUUAAUGCCACAAACUCAUGGAUCAGCAAGAUUACGUAUAGGAAAUACAGAUAUACUUGUUGGCAUCAAAGUAGAACUUGAUAUACCUCAUGCUGAUAAGCCAAAUGAAGGAAAAUUGGAAUUUUUUGUUGAUUGUUCUGCUACUGCAACUCCAGCAUUUGAAGGAAAAGGUGGUGAUGAUUUAGCAACUGAAAUAAGUAAUAUUUUAACAGCUGCUUAUCAAACACGCAAUGCUUUUGAUUUAAGAACAUUAUGUAUUUUACCUCAUAAAAAAUGUUGGAAAAUAUAUGUUGAUGUCUUGAUUCUUCAGUGUGGUGGUAAUCUUUUUGAUGCAGUAGGAAUUACAGUCAAAGCUGCAUUAAAUAGUACAGAAAUACCAAAAAUUACAGCUGCAACUCUUGAUGGUGGAGAACCAGAUAUUGAAUUAUCAGAUGAUCCUUAUGAUUGCAUUCAAUUAGAUACGAAUCCAACUUUAGAAGAAGAAGUAUGUAGUGCAAGUAGCAUAAUCAUGUCAGUAUUACCAAGUGGUAAAAUUUCAUCAGUAAUUAAAUUAGGUUAUGGAAGUAUUCAACCUAGCACUUUCAAAAAAAUGUUACAAAUGGGUGAAAAUAUAGGAUUAAAUUUAAAUGAAAGUCUUAUGAAAGCACUGAAAGAAGAAAAAUCAACUUGGGCAAAGACAAGUAAUAGGAUUUCUUAGAUAAAUAUAUAUGUAUAACAGAUAUAAUUAAAUGUUUAAUUUCAAAUAUAACUUAAUUUUAAAUGUAAAUUUAAUUUUCAAUUUUUAUCAUUUAUGAUGUUUCUAUAUGUUAUAUAUAAAAUAAAUGUUUUUUCUUUAUGUCUA